AGUGUGUGAGUGUGUGUGUGUGAGUGUGUGAGUGAUAUAUGUUUGACCAGAAGACGCUGAUCAGACACGAAGUCGCGUCCGAGGAAGAGAGGAGUUGAGGAGCAGCAGCCCAGAUGCAGCCUUUGUGCGGAUCUCAACUUCCCUUCUGGGACCUGAACCUGACCCUAUACCAUGCCAACCCGGACCUCACAGAAUGCUUUCAGCUUUCUGUGCUUGCAUGGAUCCCCUGCAUCUACCUGUGGCUGGUUUUCCCUUUUUACUUCUUUUACCUCAAGUUGAACAACAGAGGCUACAUUAUGAUGUCUGUAUUAAACAGAAUAAAAACGGUUUUUAGUGUUAUUUUAUGGAUCGUAUGCUGGACAGACCUUUUUGCCUCUUUCAGCGAAAUGAAGCAGAACAUUUUCAGACCUCCAAUAUACUUCGUAACUCCAUUAAUACUGGGCAUGACAAUGCUCUUAGCCACCUUUCUUAUCCAGUAUGAACGCCUCAAAGGGGUACAGUCUUCAGGAGUGCUUUUUAUAUUUUGGACGAUCUCUGUACUGUGUGCCAUCGUGCCUUUCCGAUCGAAGAUCCUCCAGGCCCGCCACAAGGAUGAGGUUAAUGACAAACUGCGUUUCACAACCUUCUACAUGUAUUUUGGCCUCACUGUGGCGGAGCUCAUUCUGUCAUGUUUCAAUGAGAAACCUCCACUCUUCUCCAACGUAGUCACAGACCCCAAUCCAUGUCCUGAAGCAUCUGCAGGCUUCCUCUCAAGAAUGACUUUUUGGUGGUUUACAAGCAUGGCAAUAAAAGGCUACAAAUCUCCCCUGGAAAACAAAGACCUGUGGUCGUUGAACAAGGAUGACAGCUCCAACGUGGUCGUACCCAAACUUCUCAAAGAAUGGGAAGUGGAGAAGUCUAAAAUAGAAAGGUCUGCACAGGAAAUGAACGGCCAGGCCGUGUUCUCUAAAGCCGAGGCAGAGGGCAACCACGUAGGUGCGAAUCCCGAGGAGGUGGAGGUUCUGCUGGCCAAGAAGAAGAAGGCGUCGCAGCAACCCUCGUUCCUGCGUGCCCUGAUCCGAGCCUUCGGGCCCUACUUUCUGAUCGGCUCAGCCUUCAAGCUGCUGCAGGAUAUCAUCGUCUUCAUCAAUCCUCAGCUGCUCAGGAUGCUGAUUAAGUUCACCAAAAAGAAGGACGUGCCGUCUUGGUGGGGCUUUGCUCUUGCCUUCUUCAUGUUCGGCUGCGCCCUCCUACAAACACUCAUCCUGCAUCAGCAGUUUCAGUACUGCUUCGUUACAGGCAUGAGACUGCGCACAGCUAUCAUCGGUGCCAUCUACAGGAAGUCACUGGUUAUUACUAAUGAAGCCAAGCGUUCUUCCACCGUCGGAGAGAUCGUUAACUUGAUGUCGGUGGAUGCUCAGCGGUUCAUGGACCUUACCACAUUCCUGAACAUGCUGUGGUCUGCACCGCUGCAGAUCAUACUGGCUCUCUCCUUCCUCUGGCAGACUCUGGGUCCGUCUGUCCUGGCAGGUGUGGCUGUUAUGGUUCUCCUGAUUCCAUUUAAUGCCGUGAUCGCCAUGAAAACCAGAGCGUACCAGGUGGAGCAGAUGCAGUACAAAGAUGCUCGCAUCAAGCUGAUGAAUGAAAUCCUAAACGGGAUGAAGGUGCUGAAGCUUUACGCCUGGGAGCCCUCUUUCAAAGAGAAGAUCAUACAUAUUCGACAGAAGGAGCUCAAUGUGCUGCGCAAGUCUGGCUACCUUAGUGCGCUUUCUGUUAUGGCCUGGACAAGUGCACCCUUUCUGGUUGCAUUGACAACAUUUGCCGUGUAUGUGAGUGUGGACAAAACCAACGUCUUAGACGCAGAGAAGGCCUUUGUCUCACUUUCACUGUUCAACAUUUUAAGAUUUCCUCUGAACAUGCUUCCACAGGUCAUAAGCAGCGUCAUGCAAGCUAGCGUGUCUCUCAAGCGCAUCCAGCAAUUCCUGAGUCAUGAUGAGUUAGACCCAGACAGCGUGGAUAAAAAGCCUGCGGCCUCGGAAUAUGCCGUGACUGUUGUGAACGGGAAAUUCUCAUGGGCCAAGAAAGAUCCGCCUGCUCUUCAAAACAUUAAUGUGAUGGUGCCGCAGGGCUCAGUGUUAGCCGUGGUGGGUCAUGUGGGAUGUGGGAAAACAUCUCUUGUGUCAGCUCUGCUAGGAGAGAUGGAGAAGCAAGAUGGACAGAUCUCCAUAAAAGGUUCCGUGGCUUACGUGCCACAGCAGGCGUGGAUACAGAACGCCACACUGAGAGAAAACAUCCUAUUCGGUAGACCCUAUGUGGAGGAGAAGUACCGAAAUGUGCUGGAUGCCUGCGCCCUCACCCCUGAUCUCGAAGUUCUUCCUGGAGGCGACCUAACAGAGAUAGGAGAGAAGGGAAUUAAUCUUUCUGGAGGUCAGAGACAGAGAGUGAGUCUGGCCAGAGCUCUGUACAGCGAGGCAGAUGUUUACCUCCUGGAUGACCCGCUGUCUGCUGUGGAUGCCCAUGUCGCCAAACACAUCUUUGACAAGGUCAUCGGGCCAGAGGGAGCGCUACGUCAAAAGACACGAAUCUUGGUGACCCACAGCAUCAGCUUCCUGCCCCAGGUGGAUAACAUCAUGGUGCUUGUGGAGGGCAGGGUAUCAGAGAUGGGAUCUUACCAGGCCUUGCUUAGUGAGAACGGGACCUUCGCUGAGUUCCUGAGGAACUACUCUUUAGAGGACAUCAUGGAAGAUGAUGAAGUGACAGAGGUCUUGAUUGAUGAGGAGGAGUUAUUCCCUGAUGAUGCUCUCAGUACCCACACUGACAUGGUGGACAACGAACCGGUAGUCAAUGAGGCACGAAGACAGUUUAUGAGGCAAAUAAGCAUUAUGUCUAAUGAUCUGGAGAGCCCUAGGACGAAAUCAGUGCGCAAACGGCGCGUCAGCGAGAGGAGGCAUGGGGAGCCGCCACAGGAGAAGAAGGAACCUCGGGUAGAGAAGCUCAUCCAAGCAGAGACUGCAGAGACAGGGCAGGUGAAACUCAAGGUUUAUUGGGAGUAUGUGAAAGCUGUGGGGACUUUGUUGUCCAUUAUUAUCUGCUUCCUGUACGCCGCUCAGAGCGCAGCAGCCAUCGGAGCCAGCAUUUGGCUCACCGUGUGGACCAAUGACACCAAGGAGAACAAUGGAGAAGAGAAAGUACCGAUGAGAGUGGGGGUGUAUGCAGCACUGGGCCUUACACAAGGUGUGCUGAUUCUGGCCAACUCUUUUCUGAGCCGGGCCUACGGUAUGCUGAAGGCUGCCCACUUCACCCACCUCCACAUGCUCGGUGCCGUUCUGAGGGCGCCGCAGGCCUUUUUUGAGGCCAACCCGUCGGGGCGCUUGUUGAAUCGCUUUGGCAAAGAUGUGGACACAAUAGACUGUCUCAUUCCAGAAAAUAUUGAUAUCUGGAUGCGCACUUUCUGGUACACAGUCACUGUGCUGGUCAUAUGCUCUGCCCUCACCCCUAUGUUCUUCAUAGUCAUAGUGCCGUUAAUGGUGUUCUAUUGGUGGGUCCAGAGGUUUUAUGUAGCCACUUCGCGGCAGCUAAAGAGACUGGAGUCGGUCAGUAGAUCCCCUAUAUACUCGCAUUUUUCGGAGACCAUCACUGGCACUAGCGUGAUCCGUGCAUAUGGCCUCAACAAUUCUUUUGUGCUCAUGAGCGAUAUGAAAGUGGAUGAGAACCAAAAGAGUUACUACCCUGGUAUUGUUUCCAACAGGUGGUUGGGAGUACGGAUUGAGUUUAUUGGAAAUUGCAUUGUGCUGUUCGCUGCUCUGUUUGCCGUGAUCGGGAAGGACCAGCUGAGCGAAGGAUUGGUGGGGCUCUCCGUCACUUACGCCCUGCAGGUGACCAUGUCCCUGAACUGGAUGGUGAGAAUGACCUCUGACCUUGAGAGCAACAUCGUUGCAGUGGAGAGAGUGAAGGAGUACUCAGAGACGCCACCUGAGGCACCGUGGGAGGUGGAGAGCAAAAAGCCUUCGCCUGACUGGCCUCCUGAGGGAAAUGUGGAGUUUACUAACUACAGCGUGAGAUACCGGGAGGGCCUUGACCUGGUGCUGAGGAAGAUUUAUCUCCGAGUGAAAGGAGGAGAAAAGAUUGGCAUUGUGGGUAGGACUGGAGCAGGCAAGUCGUCCAUGACGCUGAGUCUGUUCCGUCUGCUGGAGGCGGCAGAAGGAGAAAUUUCCAUCGAUGGUGUGAAGAUUGCCGAGCUUGGGCUGCACGACCUAAGAUCCAAACUCACCAUCAUUCCCCAGGAACCAGUUCUGUUCUCAGGGUCACUAAGGAUGAACCUUGACCCUUUCGAAAAAUAUAGCGAUGAGGAAAUUUGGAACGCUCUCAAACUGUCUCACCUACACAAGUUUGUCAGCAACCAGCCAGCUAAACUCGACUUGGAGUGUUCGGAAGGAGGAGAGAAUUUAAGUGUGGGACAGAGGCAGCUCGUCUGUUUGGCUCGUGCUUUGCUAAGGAAGACCAGAAUCCUCAUCCUUGAUGAAGCCACAGCUGCUGUUGACUUGGAGACGGAUGAUCUCAUCCAGUCCACCAUCCGCACACAGUUUGAGGACUGUACAGUCUUCACCAUCGCUCACAGACUCAACACCAUCAUGGACUACACAAGAGUCCUGGUGUUGGACAAAGGACAGAUAGCAGAGUUUGACACACCAGCGAACCUUAUUGCACAGAAAGGAAUAUUCCAUGGCAUGGCGAAAGACGCAGGGUUGGCAUGAGCCUUCGAUGCUGUAAACACAACAGUGCCUUCAUCCACACAGAGACAGUGAAUGUAUCUUUAUUUUGUUACUCAGCUGGACCUGCAACUUUUUUUUUUUUUUUUGCAUUAUUGUUUUUUUUUUAUAUGAAAUGUGGUCUUACUGUUACUUUAGCCACAGAUUUUUUUUUAUGAUGAACCAGUUUAUUUUUGUACCGUGUUAUUUAAUUUACUUUUGAGGCUUUGCAAUGAGGCAACAUGCUGUUGUAAUAAAGGUGCCAUUUCGUUUUGUAUAGCACACAUAGUACAUAGUUUAUUCCCAGCAAAGAAUUAUGUCUAAAGCAUUACUGCAUUUUUUUCUUUGUCAUUAGUAAGCUCCAAAGUUGAUUUUGUGUAAAAUGUGUAAAAUUGCGUGACAAUCAGUUUCAGGAUGCCAUACAAGUUGUUUGAAGUAUAUCCAGACUGGAUCCAUGUUUUAUAUUGAUUAGACUUCAGCACAGAAGCACUGAUUUCGUGGCCUUCUUAAUUUGAAUGUUUUCAGUUAAAGGGAUCAUAAUUACAAGGUGUCCCAAAUGUUUUCCAUACAUAGGGGAAAAUGAACACUUUUUUGAAAAAUGUACCUUGGUUUAUAAAACAUCCUUUACAUAUCAUCACCAUUCAAUCGCACAAGAUCUCACCUACUGUACUCAUGAUAAACUGGUGUCAUGCACAUAAUUGCACUUCAAAUGCCUUUCCUUAAAUUAUCGACUUAUCCAACUGAUCCAGCCAUCCUUUACUGUAUGUAUGGAAACUUUUGGUAUGCCCUGCAUUUCUUCCUUCAGCGGAUACAAGUUUACACCUCAUACGAACCAGUCUUGCACUGUUUGCUCCAGGACCAUUCAUUCAGACAUAAAGAAUAGCUUUUACUGAAGAAAUUGAUUAGAUUCCAAGCAACUGUACACUGUGAGUAAGCGAUAUGUUGUGAUCAUGUGAAAGCACUAGGUCUUUUUUUUCCUAAAUAAUGAUAAUAAAAAUUUUCAUCUAUAAACACAUAUAUGAUUAUAUCUAAAACUAUAAGAAAAACACUAUGUGAAAUUUUAAUAAACUUGAGAAACAUAAAUAUUGUGUGAAUGAUCCAAAUGUUUUAAACUUUAUGAUGUAAUUCACUUUGAAUAUGAAUUAAAUU